GAGAUCAGAGCAAUGGUGAAGAAAGAGAAAGAAAAACAGCAAGCGAGGAAUGUUGAGAGUGAAAGUGACCCCCUGGAAGUUGUUGGGGAUGAUUUUGAAUUAAAAUACAAUAGUCACUGGUCCUUAUGCAAUCCAGAUGCCAUGAAGAAAGGUAUCAAAGGAAGUUACAAAGAGACCAUGGAACAUGGUAAUGGUUCUGAUUCAGCAGAUACGGAUGAAAUGAUUGCUGAAAGUAAAACUCAGGAUCCAAACAGCAGCAAAACUACAAGUUUAGAAGAUUCUAAACAGGUGGAGGUGAAAAAUAAAGAAAUAUUAACCAAAAAAAAAAGCGGUUUGGUAAAUGACUCCUCACUGAAAACUCAACAUGUAAAAGAAAAACACAUUGAAAGAAAGGGGAAAACUAAAAAAUCCAAAAUUGCUGCCUCACAGAGUUCAGCAGAGACAAGUGAUAGUGAGAGCUCUUCCUCAGAGUCUGAGCAAGGGGAGUCUGAAACCAGUUCUGAUUAUGAGUCCAUGAUGCAAAACUGUUACCGCUUAGACCUUUCCUUAGAUGCCUUAAAAGCAUUGGCUGCCAAAAGCACUGGGACACCUGCAGAGGAAUCAGAUGGUGCACAGAGUUCUGGUCUGUCCAGUGCUGAAGAAAAUCCUAAGGGUAAUGUAAAUAAACCUAAACUUUCUAAUUUUCACCCCGCAGUUAAAAACAAUAGCAUCUGUCCUGAAGAUGUGCUGGCCGAU